UGCAAAUGCGCCUCAUGGAUGUGGUGACCGCAUAUUUAUACGGUUCACUCGAUACAGACAUAUAUAUGAGAAUUCCUGGAGGCUUUAAAAUACCUGAUGCUUAUAGCUCGAAAUCUCGAGAUUUAUUUUCCAUAAAAUUGCAAAAGUCAUUAUAUGGAUUAAAACAAUCUGGACGCAUGUGGUAUAACCGUCUCAGUGAAUAUUUGAUUAAAGAAGGGUAUAAAAAUGAUCCUAUUAGUCCAUGUGUUUUCAUUCAGCGAUCCGAAUCGGGAUUCGCCAUAAUUGCAGUAUAUGUUGAUGAUUUGAAUAUAAUCGGAACUCCUAAUGAAAUUGAAAAUACUGCAAAAUAUCUCAUGAAAGAAUUUGAAAUGAAAGACCUUGGGAGAACAAAAUUUUGUCUCGGCAUUCAAAUUGAACAUUUGAGAAAUGGUAUUUUCAUCCACCAAUCAAAUUAUACCGAGAAACUUUUGAAGCGAUUUUACAUGGAUAAAGCACAUCCACUCAAUUCUCCAAUGGUGGUUCGAUCUCUCAAUGUGCAUGAUGAUCCUUUCCGACCUUGUGAAGAUGAUGAAGAAAUCCUUGGUCCCAAAAUACCAUAUUUGAGUGCUAUUGGAGCAUUAAUGUAUUUGGCUAAUAAUACUCGACCAGAUAUUGCUUUUUCUGUAAAUUUAUUAGCCAGGUACAGUUCUUCCCCAACAAGAAGGCAUUGGAAUGGUGUCAAACAUAUAUUCCGAUAUCUCAAUGGUACAAUCGAUCUUGGAUUGUAUUUCAAGAAUGGUGCAAAUGCCACUUUAAUUGGCUACGCGGAUGCAGGAUACUUGUCUGAUCCACAAAAGGCAAAAUCACAAACAGGAUAUUUAUUCACCUAUGGUGAUACCGCUAUAUCAUGGAGAUCAAUGAAACAAACAUUAACUUCAACAUCAUCAAAUCAUGCAGAAUUAAUUGCUCUUUAUGAAGCAGGUCGUGAGUGUGUCUGGUUGAGAUCAAUGAUCCAGCACAUACAAAAUGAAUGCGGUAUAAAAUCUUUUACUUCUAAUCCUACUGUGAUUUAUGAAGAUAAUACAGCAUGUAUAGCUCAGAUCAAAGGAGGUUACAUCAAAGGGGACAGAACAAAGCAUAUAGCACCAAAACUUUUCUCCACACAUGAUCUUGAGAAAGACGGAACGGUUGAUGUCAAACAAAUCAAGUCAUGCGACAACCCUGCUGAUUUGUUCACAAAGUCAUUGGCACCGAAGAAAUUUGAAGAACUGGUCCAUAAAAUUGGAAUGUAUCGUCUUCGAGAUAUAUGUUGAAUUGAGGGGAGUAAUAUAGGGAAUUCGCCGUAGCAGCGCAGCUGUAGCCCAGAGGUAGAAACGACCGCCGUCUUCCGUCUAGGCAACUGGGAUUCCGCCCUGUCCGCCAUUACCGCCUUUCUCCGUCUCUCCGCCUCUCCGCCAUCUGCGCGCAAAUUGCAUUUUUAGGACAGAUGUCUCUGCUUGAAGUAAUCACCAAAGCAUCAGUCGAGAAAAACCGACCUGAAGCUGCUCUUAAGUACCCAAUCAUCUUGAACCCUGAACCUGUUAUCUUUGAACUGAAACCCCAAGAUCUUGAUGCAAAGGAUGACUUACCAGUUGAACGAGCUACUGGUUGGAAAGUCUCCGAACGUGACACUGAAAUCAUUGAGCUAGGGCAAAGUUUCUUCAAAAAACUGAAAAGGAAGCUUAAAAACCCUAACACUUUCAACCAAGAUGAGUUUUUGAAGAUCCUAGGUUCAUAUCUUGUGAGCAUUGCAAGGAAAUUAGGCACUGCAGAUAAUAAUGCUGAGUCUGAUAAAGGUUAUGUUGGUAAAUUAGUUGGAAAGUCGGGACUAUUCAUGGGUAGAGAUGUGAAGGGACUUGUUUUGGAGGCCUGUGUUUAUCUUGAGUGCUGGGAGGUGUUAGAGAGUCUGAUGGUCAAUGGGCUUGUUGAGCAUUCACACUUUUCAAGCUUAAUUAGUAAUUUGAUUGAAAAGAACGGAGCAAAUUUGAUUGUUUUGUGCGUAAAGCAUCUCUCCGAUCUCCAAGCUAAUGAUGUCAUGUGCAUUUUAAAGUAUUUUCUAUCACUACCUAAAGAUGGGCACGAUAGUAUUCUAAGUGUCAGGAAAGAAUGGGAAAGCCAAGCAUUGUUGGCCAUACAACGAUUGAAGGAGUGUGAUGGCCAAUCACUGUUGGCAAUUGAGAAGGUGAAGGAUAAACAUCUUAGGAAAAGGUUGACAUUGGUGAGAGAUGCUUCUUUAUUAUUAAUGAUAGCUUAUGAUGGGUGCUUGUAUUAGCAACUUAGAUGGUUCAGAAAUGAUGCGUUUUGUUAGGUACUUCGGAAAGUGGCUGAAGAAGUAUGAUAGUUUCCCUGAUGUGUGUCUUUGUCCUGAGGCAUCCUCUGUGUUGGGUUUGACAGCUUGUGAUUGGGUUCCAAGACUUGAAGAUAUCAUUAUAUGCUUAGGAUUGUUACUAGAUGAGCAUUUUUCUACUCUGGUCCUUCUCCAUUGUAAUUAACACACUAAGAUUACACCAUUAUCACACUUCUAAUAACAUCUUUCUCACUAAGUAUUCAGACUAUACUUUCUCUCCCUGAUCUUCUGCUUAUUUGCUUUCAUAUAAUAACAUUUCAUUAUUUCUUCAAGUCUCAAAAUAAAAUCAAAAUAUUUCAUUAAUAUUAAGUGAGGAAACUAAGGAAGUCAGGUGGAGGGAUAGUAGCAACAAUAGGGACUAGGUAGUAAUAUAAAUCUGUGUUGUAAGACCCGAACCGGACCGGACGGGUCGGCCCGGAACCCGCCCACCCGGCUCCAAAUCCGGUCCGGUUGACCUUGAACCCGCUAAAGUGUUAAAACCCGGAAAAAAUCAGUGACUCGGAACCCGCCCACCCGGCUCCAAAUCCGGUCCGGUUGACCUUGAACCCGCUAAAGUGUUAAAACCCGGAAAAAAUCAGUGACUCGGACCAAACCGGGACGGAUCCGGAACCUCUGAAACUCGGAAAUUAGCAAAAUUCCAGACUUUGGCAAGACUUGCUGCAAACGAGGUUCGAUCUCACGACCUCCGGGAUGAAAUAGAGCCUCUCAACCGGU